CUAGUAACUUUACAGCAUCGUGCAAAUAUCACUAUCUCUUACAAACAUUAUCCAAUUUUUUAAAAACAGUUCAUUUAAUUGCCACUAAAAAAAUAAUUAAUAACACUUUCUAAUCAAUUUCAUACCUUCAACUGCGAAGAGAAAAAAAAAAUCCCGAACAAUUUUUUUUUCCAGUGUAAUGACAGUUACAGAUGAUAAUUAAAUAAGUGCAAUGAUUAAUAAAUAGAAUAUUAAAUUAAAAUUAAUAAACAAGUCGUCACACACUCGGAGUUGCAUGACGUGAUAUAUAAUGAAGUGUAAUAUGAUAUUUAUGUACAGUAAAAAAAAUAAUUAUCAUUGUUUAGAGUCAUUGUCGAGGACAAUUAAGUGUGUGAUAUUUUUAUUAUUUAUACUAAUGAUUUAUAUUAAUAACGUUGACGCGGAAUUCGUUAACGAAACACUGUCAAGUGAUUUUGUAGCACGAUGUCGUCGAGAUUGUGUUAUUAAGAGAGACGUUGUGGUUUGUGGUAAAUAUCGUGUUGCUAGAUGGCUAAAUCAAGUCGUGCGUGAGAAGGAAUUCAGCUACGGGCCAGUGAAAUUAAUAAAAAUACCCUCGAUGACAGAGGAGGAAAUUUUGCCGAACGUAUCCAAGGCCGCUAAGAAUUAUAAAUUUGGCGUCGCUGAUACGCUUAAUUUUUUGCGCGAGCUCGCUGAGGAAAUAAUUAAGCGACGUGCUCUAGUUUAUACCUUCCAACCGGCUUUGACUACCGGUAGAACAUUUUCAAAUGCUCCGAUUGUAGUGGAUGAGGAUCAACUUGCGCAAAUGCAAAAAGGUGCAACAGAUGGCGCACGAAUUUUUCACAAAAAGAAAAAAGCCAUUAUUUUUCCUAUUCUAAUUUUGCUAAAUUUGAUUAAAUUGAAAAUGAUGUUGAUACCAAUAUUUUUGGGCGUCCAUUUGAUCAAAAAAUUGAUUAUCAUCGGCGGUCUUUUUGUCCCAGGAUUUUUAUCGAAAUUACGAAUUUGCAAAGUUCCACAUCAUGGGCUGAGUUUUCCAUUCCACUGGGGCACUGCCGCUGAAGCUCCUGUGGAUUAUCCAUCUGGAUACGGUAACGAAGAUCCUGGCUGGUCACAUAGAAAUGAUAUUUAUCCAGGACUCGGAGCUGGAUAUCCGGCUCCUUAUCAUUAUCCAGUGCCUGGUUAUUAUAGACAACGAUGAGAAUAAAUAUAAUUAAUUAUGUUAUUUAUUUAUUUAUUAAUUAAUUAAUUAAUUACAAACGACUGCAUUAUUUAUAUUUUAAUAUUUAUUUAUUUAUGUAAUUUAACUCUAGUGUAAUUAAUGUAAAAAAAUAUAUGCCUAAUUUAUUGUA